AUGGCUGGUCGCUUCCUCUCUCUGUUUGCGCUGAAUGUCUCGGCAGCCUUGUCUGCCGUCCUGUUGCCUAGACAAGGUAGUUCGGCAUGGGAGGACAAGUCACUCCCAGCUGGCGAACGAGCCGACAAUCUCUUGCCUCAGCUUAGCUGGGAAGAGAAGAUAGCGCAGAUGGGUGGCAUCCGGCAACUGCUUCAGGCCAAUGCCUCAUUCAAUCGAACAAACUGGAAUAACCUAUAUCCCUUGCAGCAUGGUAUCCUGAGCUAUGGUUCGCAGCUCAACCAAGCGCAAGACGUUCUGCCGUACGCCAACAUGGUUAGAGAGGAACAGUUGAAUAGCUCGAAAGUUCCUUGGAUUACUGUCACGGACUCAGUCAACAGCAUCUAUGUACCCGGUGGCACGAUCUUCCCCGCGACAUUGUCUCUGUCAACAUCCUGGAACUUGUCUAUGUACGAGCAGGUAGUUGCCGCUAUUCGCGACGAGAACAUGGCACUUGGAACCCAUUGGGUCCUCAGCCCAGAGCUGGACGUUGCAAAAGAGCCCAGAAACGGUCGUGUUGGAGAAAUGUAUGGUGAAGACGUCUAUUUGAUCGGAGAGUUUGCUGCUCAGUACGUCCGCACCAUGCAGGAACGCGACGAAAAUGGCUAUAUCAAGGUGGGGACUACAGUUAAGCACUUCUUAUAUGGGCUAGGCAUGGGUGGCAUCAACACCGCUAGCAUGGAUGGUGGCGUUAAUCACUUAUACAACGACCUGGCUAUACCUUACAUCCGAGUUCUCAAAGAAAACCCCACAGCGAUCAUGAUAUCCUAUUCCAGCAUCGACCGGACUCCAAUGUCGAUGAAUACAGCUCUUAUACAAGGCAUGCUUCGAUCAGAGAUGGGCUUUCAAGGUUUGAUCAUGUCAGACGCAAUGGGUAUCAUGCAUUUGUACACCCAGUCAAUGGUGGCCUCAUCAUACAAGGAUGCCGCGAUCAAAGCACUUCGGGCAGGUUUGCAGCUUGAGCUGGCUCCCGGCCAGCCCGCAUGCUUUCCAUUUUUGGUCAGCAGCUCGAAUGAUCAAGAGAUCGUCGAUCUUGUGGAUGAGGCUGUUCGUCAGAACUUGAUCAUCAAGUUCGAAACCGGGAUGUUUGACCUUCCUUUGCCAACACUGGAGCAACUCAAUCGAACUCUCCGUUCAAAUGACCACCUAGAAAUCAAUCGCCAAGCCUCACGAGAGGCCAUCGUCUUGCUGAGCAACGACGGCUUUCUGCCACAAGCAAACUUGUCCAAGGUCGCACUGAUUGGACCUUUUGGAGACAUCUUGGACCCGGGAUCUUACGCCCCCUCGACCGCUGCAACCCCCCUGCAUGGUCAGACGCUAAAAGAUGUCCUAGAAACACGGUUUAGUCCCGCCAACGUUCAGUAUGUCAAGGGUGUUGACAUCCGGACGACCAGCUCAGAUGAUGAGGCUGGGAUCGAAGACGCUGUGAUUGCCGCCAGAAAUGCCGGUGUCGCUGUCUUAGCCUUGGGUUCCUUGUCUGUCUACUUCCUGGACCCGAUCACGGGCCAGCGUACAGAUGGGGAAUUCUUCAGCCACGCUGAUCUCGGCUUACCUGGCAGACAACAACAACUCUUGGAUGCCGUACUGGACACGGGUGUUCCGACUAUUCUUGUGCUGAACGGUGGUCAAGCCUUUGUCUUGAAUAAUUCCACCAAGCGGGCGAAUGCUAUUCUUCACCAAUUUCUUGGUGGCGAGUUUUCCGCCGAUGCUCUGGUCGAGAUAAUCACUGGCCAGGUCAAUCCCAGCGGGAAGCUUACCAUCACCAUGCCACCAGCGGAAGGCGCAUUCCCCAUCUACUAUGACUACUUACCUUCGGACAAUGUCGGCGGUGCUGCGGGUUAUAAUGGAUGUGCCGGCGACUGGAGCUUCCCGUGUUUGAACCGCGACGAUGCUCCAAUGGCUUUUGGCUACGGUCUGAGCUACACGACCUUUGAUAUCUCUGCACCUCAGAUAUCCAACUCAAGCGGGGUCUCGAUCUCUUGCACAGUCACCAACACAGGGAUUGUCGCCGGAAAGGAAGUCGUACAAGUGUACUUCCGCCAGCAAUACUCCGAAAUUGAGCUUCCCAACAAGAGGCUAAUUCGCUUCGAGAAAAUCGAACUGCAGCCGGGUGAGACACGGCAGGUGGGAUUCUCCAUCGACCGGAAUGAUCUAGGAUACUACAAUAACGCCAAAUAUCAAGUCGACUCUGGAAACUAUACCUUCUGGGUGGGAUCAAGUUCGAGGAUGGCAGAUUUGAAGAAUGCGACGAUCACUCUGUGA